CUUGCCCCACGUCAAUAGAAGCUGACGUUGCGUAGCGCAGCCAACUUAACAUACAUAGACCAUCUAUAGACCUGUCUAUAGACUGACAUUGUUGCGCACAGUGACGCCAGCAUAUUACAUUAAGUUUGAGUAAAUGCGUGCUGUAAUACAACGAGUUAAGUCGGCGUCGGUGACCGUCGAUGGAGAGGUCGUCUCCAGCAUCGGGCCAGGACUUAUGGUUCUUGUUGGCAUCCGAGAAAGCGACAUGGAGAAGGACCUUAGUUGGAUUGUCAAGAAAAUCCUGUCUGUGAAGGCGUGGCCGCACCCAGAGACGCAGAAGGCGUGGGAUGUUUCAGUCACUGGCGCGGGGCUAGAGAUCCUGCUUGUGUCGCAGUUCACAUUAUACGCCCGACUCAAAAAGCCCAAACCCGACUACUCAAAGGCAAUGGGGCCCACACAGGCCAAGGACCUGUACAGUCAGCUGGUGGAGGAGGUACGGCGGCAGUACGGCGCGCCGGAGCGCGUCAAAGACGGCGUGUUUGGCGCAAAGAUGGACGUGGCACUGGUGAACGACGGCCCCGUGACCUACAUAGUGGACAGCAACGACCCAGAUGCGUAGUGCAGGUGCUAUGAAGGUUUCGUGCGAAUGGGGGAUUGCGGGAAGUGGGGCAUACCGUAAACAAGCUGCAAGCAUGUGACCGAGGGAAGCGUUGUGUGCGGGUGGGGUUCAUUCCAUGAGGCGGGGGCGGGGGCUGCGGAUGUGGUGAGUGGCGAGGAGUAGGGCCUUGAAGGCCGGCGCAAGGGAGCGUGAUGAGUGAGCAGAGCGGGGGCUGACAGCAGCGCAAGCGAGGAAGCGGCACGCAGGGAAGGCGUGCGGUUGUUGGGCAUGACGUGCUUCGGAUGGAGGAGAGUCGGAGCCACCUGGCCAGGGGUAGUCCUUCAUGGAGGAGAGUGAAGAGUGUGGAGUGGGUGUCAACGUGUCGUGCCAACUAAUGCGCAUGACAACGAACUGAUGGCAGCAGCGGCAGCAGUGCAUGUGCUUCGGGAUGCAGGGCGUUUCCUCCGGCCUUUGCGGUUUGAACGUGUUUGAACGCUUGUUCCAUGGGCCUUGCACAACGCUUUGCGGCAUGUGCAGUGGCCUGAAACAUAAAACACCUGGAAAUGCCACCAUGCAGCGUUCAGCAUUUGAACCAGUGGGCUGGCCCAGGUGGGCAGGGCGCUGAACAGGGUCCCGGGCUGGUGCGGGGCAGCGGCGAAGGGGCGGCAUUCCUAACACACGCUGGCUGGUGGCGCCCUUGCCGAGUGAGAGCUGCACGCUGUGAAAACUCUAUGCUGUACAUGGUGCUGCACUGAAAUGUACAUAUGCUAUCUCACAAUCUUAUCACAGUUUCAUGUGGUUGGUGACGGGGUGUGCGUGCUAGACAUCCUAAGAUGUUAGUUUUGCUGCAAGUGCCACCCAGUCGUCGCGCACAGCUCUGCACAGUGUGCAAAGAAGUCGAUGUUGCGCUGAAUGUAAUAGCGUCGAGCG